AUGGGAGAGGAGACAUGGGAGAGGAGACAUGGGAGAGGAGACAUGGGAGAGGAGACACGGGAGAGAGCAUGGGGAGGAGACAUGGGAGAGAAGACAUGGGGGAGGAGACAUGGGAGAGGAGACAUGGGAGAGGAGACACGGGAGAGGAGGCACGGGGAGAGGAAGAACAUGGGGAGGAGACAUGGGAGAGGAGACAUGGGGAGAGGAGGACAUGGGAGAGGAGGAGACAUGGGAGAGAGACAUGGAGAGGAGACAUGGGAGAGGAGACAUGGGGAGGAGGAGAGGGGCAUAGGGAAGGGAGGAGACAUGGGAGAGGAGACAUAGGAGAAGGAGGAGCAUGGGAGAGGGAGACAUGGGGAGAGGAGACAUGGGGAGGAGAGGGAGACAUGGGAGAAGGAGACAUGGGAGAGGAGACAUGGGGAGAGGAGACAUGGGAGAGGAGACAUGGGAGAGGAGACAUGGGAGAGGAGACAUGGGAGAGGAGACAUGGGAGAGGAGACAUGGGAGAGGAGACAUGGGAGAGGAGACAUGGGAGAGGAGACAUGGGAGAGGAGACAUGGGAGAGGAGACAUGGGAGAGGAGACAUGGGAGAGGAGACAUGGGGGAGGAAACAUGGGAGAGGAGACAUGGGAGAGGAGACAGGGAGAGAGGCAUGGGGGAGGAGACAUGGGAGAGGAGACAUGGGGGAGGAGACAUGGGAGAGGAGACAUGGGAGAGGAGACAUGGGAGAGGAGACAUGGGGGAGGAGACAUGGGAGAGGAGACAUGGGAGAGGAGACAUGGGAGAGGAGAGAUGGGAGAGAAGGGAGAGGAGCAUGGGAGAGGAGACAUGGGAGAGGAGACAUGGGAGAGGAGACAUGGGAGAGGAGACAUGGGAGAGGAGACAUGGGAGAGGAGACAUGGGAGAGGAGACAUGGGAGAGGAGACAUGGGAGAGGAGACAUGGGAGGGGAGACAUGUGAGAGGAGACAUGCGGGAGGAAACAUGGGAGAGGAGACAUGGGAGAGGAGACACGGGAGAGGAGGCAUGGGGGAGGAGACAUGGGAGAGGAGACAUGGGGGAGGAGACAUGGGAGAGGAGACAUGGGAGAGGAGACAUGGGGGAGGAGACAUGGGAGAGGAGACAUGGGAGAGGAGACAUGGGAGAGGAGACAUGGGAGAGGAGAGAUGGGAGAGGAGAGAUGGGAGAGGAGAGAUGGGAGAGGAGACAUGGGGAAGGAGACAUGGGAGAGGAGACAUGGGAGAGGAGACAUGGGAGAGGAGACAUGGGAGAGGAGACAUGGGAGAGGAGACAUGGGAGAGGAGACAUGGGAGAGGAGACAUGGGAGAGGAGACAUGGGAGAGGAGACAUGGGAGAGGAGACAUGGGAGAGGAGACAUGGGGGAGGAAACAUGGGAGAGGAGACAUGGGAGAGGAGACACGGGAGAGGAGGCAUGGGGGAGGAGACAUGGGAGAGAAGACAUGGGGGAGGAGACAUGGGAGAGGAGACAUGGGAGAGGAGACAUGGGGGAGGAGGCAUGGGAGAGGAGACACGGGAGAGGAGACAUGGGAGAGGAGAGAUGGGAGAGGAGACAUGGGAGAGGAGACAUGGGAGAGGAGACAUGGGAGAGGAGACAUGGGAGAGGAGACAUGGGAGAGGAGACAUGGGAGAGGAGACAUGGGAGAGGAGACAUGAGAGGAGAGGAGACAUGGGAGAGGAGACAUGGGAGAGGAGACAUGGGAGAGGAGACAUGGGAGAGGAGACAUGGGGGAGGAGACAUGGGGGAGGAGACAUGGGGGAGGAGACAUGGGAGAGGAGACAUGGGAGAGGAGACAUGGGGGAGGAGACAUGGGAGAGGAGACAUGGGGGAGGAGACAUGGGAGAGGAGAUAUGGGAGAGGAGACAUGGGAGAGGAGACAUGGGAGAGGAGACAUGGGAGAGGAGACAUGGGAGAGGAGACAUGGGAGAGGAGACAUGGGAGAGGAGACACGGGAGAGGAGACAUGGGAGAGGAGACAUGGGAGAGGAGACAUGGGAGAGGAGACAUGGGGGAGGAAACAUGGGAGAGGAGACAUGGGAGAGGAGACACGGGAGAGGAGGCAUGGGGGAGGAGACAUGGGAGAGAAGACAUGGGGGAGGAGACAUGGGAGAGGAGACAUGGGAGAGGAGACAUGGGGGAGGAGACAUGGGAGAGGAGACACGGGAGAGGAGACAUGGGAGAGGAGACAUGGGAGAGGAGACAUGGGAGAGGAGACAUGGGAGAGGAGACAUGGGAGAGGAGACAUGGGAGAGGAGACAUGGGAGAGGAGACAUGGGAGAGGAGACAUGGGGGAGGAUACAUGGGAGAGGAGACAUGGGAGAGGAGACACGGGAGAGGAGGCAUGGGGGAGGAGACAUGGGAGAGAAGACAUGGGGGAGGAGACAUGGGAGAGGAGACACGGGAGAGGAGACAUGGGAGAGGAGACAUGGGAGAGGAGACAUGGGAGAGGAGACAUGGGAGAGGAGACAUGGGAGAGGAGACAUGGGAGAGGAGACAUGGGAGAGGAGACAUGGGAGAGGAGACAUGGGAGAGGAGACAUGGGAGAGGAGUCAUGGGAGAGGAGACAUGGGAGAGGAGACAUGGGGGAGGAUACAUGGGAGAGGAGACAUGGGAGAGGAGACACGGGAGAGGAGGCAUGGGGGAGGAGACAUGGGAGAGAAGACAUGGGGGAGGAGACAUGGGAGAGGAGACAUGGGAGAGGAGACAUGGGGGAGGAGACAUGGGAGAGGAGACAUGGGAGAGGAGACAUGGGAGAGGAGACAUGGGAGAGGAGACAUGGGAGAGGAGAGAUGGGAGAGGAGAGAUGGGAGAGGAGACAUGGGGAAGGAGACAUGGGAGAGGAGACAUGGGAGAGGAGACAUGGGAGAGGAGACAUGGGAGAGGAGUCAUGGGAGAGGAGACAUGGGAGAGGAGACAUGGGGGAGGAUACAUGGGAGAGGAGACAUGGGAGAGGAGACACGGGAGAGGAGGCAUGGGGGAGGAGACAUGGGAGAGAAGACAUGGGGGAGGAGACAUGGGAGAGGAGACAUGGGAGAGGAGACAUGGGGGAGGAGACAUGGGAGAGGAGACAUGGGAGAGGAGACAUGGGAGAGGAGACAUGGGAGAGGAGACAUGGGAGAGGAGAGAUGGGAGAGGAGAGAUGGGAGAGGAGACAUGGGGAAGGAGACAUGGGAGAGGAGACAUGGGAGAGGAGACAUGGCCCAUGGGAGAGGAGAGGCACAGCUCCUUUCUAGUGAAGAUUAGGAAACAGGACCGCUGCUCAAUUCAGUGUUGCCCGCAUUUUCAUUUCGUCGUCGCUCGUCCUUGUAACCUGCCACUUCGGCCUUCCCCUCCCGCCUCCCAGCGCAAGUCCUGCUGGACUGUCAGAAGGCGUGGAACACAACGAUUGAAGGCUGGACGGUUGGUGGGGACUGCAGCAAUGCAAGCAAUGUCACCUGCGAUGCCCAAGGCAUGAUCACAGCGAUGAAUCUAGAAUCAAGCGCGUUAACCGGCCCAGUUCCGCCGACCAUUGGCAACUUGUUCCGCAUGACAAGCUUGAAACUUGACAACAACAACUUGGGGGGCACAAUUCCUGACUCCAUUAGCAAGCUCACAAAUCUGCGCCUCUUAUACCUAUGGAGGAACCCGAUAUCUGGCUCGAUACCGGCAUCAUUAGGCAACCUUCCAAAUCUGACAGAUUUGGAUCUAUCUGCAAUUGGCCUGGCAGGAUCCAUUCCAUCUACUAUUGGCCGCAUGCGCAGCCUGACAUACCUACAACUUCACUACAAUAACUUGAGGAGCACGAUUCCUGACUCCAUCUCAGACCUUACAAAUCUUCGUACCUUAAGCCUCUCACAGAAUCAACUUUCUGGUUCGAUACCAGGGUCAAUCGGCAACCUUAGAGAUUUGACUGAGUUAGAUCUUCGUGACAAUGGCCUGGUGGGCACAAUUCCUGCUUCCAUUGGCAACCUCACAAAUCUUCGCGUCUUGGACCUGAAUGCAACCGGAGUGACAUGCCCUCCUGACUUCACCCAAUGCUUGGUCCAACAAAACACUUCAAGCGCUUUUUGCAGCGCAUGCCCCUCUUUCUGCACCACUUGUGCCAAGCCUGCAUCAUCGCCCCCCUCCCGGUCUCCGGUUCCCACCGCAACACCCACUGAACCCCUAGCAUCCACCACCUCGCUCGGAAUGCCGACCUCUCAGUCUCGCGGCGAUCUGUCAGCAGGAGCCAUUGCUGCCAUCGCUGUGGCUGCUGUGGCUUUCCUGCUGCUGUUGAUUGGCACGCUCCUAUGGUGGAGACGCCACAAGAAAGAAGCAGCACCACCAGCAGCUAUAACCAUCAAGGAAAGCGAGGAUGCAGUGCUCACGAGAGAUUUUAAAGGCUUGGCAGGCAGUGUGGCAGCCUCUCACUGCACUGAGUACUCCCUUGAGGAAGUCAUGGCAGCCACGAGCAACUGGUCCAAUGACAACCGGCUUAGCUCUGGUGCCUUUGGUGAUGUCUUCAAGGGCGUGUCUCCAAGGGAUAGCACCACACGGUGGGCCGUCAAGCGAGCAAAACUGCUUGAUGCUGACUUUCAGAGAGAGGUCCGACAAAUCGCAGACAAGAACCAUCCCCACAUUGUUCGACUACUCGGAUUUUCCAUCGGAGGGGACAUGAGGACACGGCCAGAGCAAGUCCUGAUCUACGAGUUUGUUCCGAACGGUGACCUUGAGAUGUGGAUCAGUACACAGGCACCCUUUCAUCUCAGCCUGAAGCAGCGGCUGGACAUCCUCAUUGGUGCUGCACGUGGCUUGGAGUACCUCCACAGCUUUGGCCUUGUGCAUCGCGACAUCAAACCCGCCAACAUCCUCCUCGGGGAAAACAUGCAGGCAAAGAUUGCAGACUUUGGACUUGUGAGGGGGGAAGAGGGAAGCACCGUGGGCACGACUCGGGUCAUGGGAACACCGGGCUAUGUGGAUCCCAUCUACUUCCAGACAUCAAAGGCAACCACUGCCACCGAUGUCUAUAGCUUCGGUGUGCUCAUUCUUGUGGUCCUUACCGGUCGGAGCCGCCCGCUCUAUACGGAUGAUGGAAAGAGCGAGCACAUCCUGUCAUGGGUGGAGUCCUGCCUACUGUCCGACAGCCCGACCCACCUCAAGGACCUCAGCAUGGACGCCCCUGAUGAUGCUGUGCUGCGCUUGGCCCAGCUGGCUAUCAGGUGCACUGUGGAGCGCACUGCGAGUCGGCCAAGCAUGGCACACGUUGCGAAAGAGCUGUUUAGUGUUAGGACUGAGGUGGUAGGAGAAGAGGAGCUGAGGGAAGCAAUCAGGGUGGACAAGCAAGCCCAAGAGAUGACGACUGCAUUCCGCUCUGUUAGAAGUAUGGAUGAUCAGCAGAAACCCAUUGAUAAGUAUCCUGGGUGGGCCUUCCUCUCGAAAUCAGCCACUUACAUGAGUGGAGCUCCUGGUGGUAAUAAACCACAGAAUGGGCCACGGAUCUAGUCGUAUGUAGCUAUUGUCAACAUAUUUAUAUAUUGUUAUAGGCUAGAUAGGUGCAUGCUCAUACCGUAAUCCCCUGGAUAUAGGCGCAUCCCUUUAUUUGGCCCAUUGCGCUUAUGGAGUGCAAGUGCGCUUACAUCCGUUAUUUCAUUAUAAGCGCACCCACAUUUUUUAAAAUGUAUUUCCUAUAGGCGCAUCACUUUUUUGUAUAAACUUAUGUUAAACGG